AUGGAGAGGCUCAAGACAAGACUGCUAGAAUUAGACGCAUGCAGACAAGCAAAGCAGAAGGAUGCCAAGGCAUUGAAGCUGGCUGAGAUGAAUAGGAAAAACAGGUUUGAGAACUUCAAGAAUGCUUCUGAAUUGAAGCCGGUGAAUACAGGUUUGAAAGAAGGGGAGGCAGGUUAUGAUCCAUUUUCCAGGAGAUGGACUAGAUCAAGGAAUUACUAUGCUUCAAAACCUGGUGAAAAGGCUGCAGCUGCAAACAAUAUUGUCAAUGGCAUAUUCUGUGGUGGUCUUUCUGCACCUUUAGUUCUUUCAAACACAAGACUGCUCUACAGAUGUGAAACUGUUCUUCAACCUGGCUUUAAUUCAACUGUACGAAUUGAGAAGAAUAAAUCGAAGGUCAGGCACAAGCGCAAGAAGACUGAUAACAUCACUCAAAACAACGUAGUGUACAAGUGCCAUUUUUGUUUGCAUCAGAAUCAGAAGAGUUCGUUAGAAGGAAAGAAGAGAAGGAGAGAUAGUUCCUUGCCCAAGAACGCAAUUAAAACGACAAACAUGUCUGCAAAAGAAGUAGCAAAUUCUACAAGUGCAUCUAGCAAAAGACGAAGAAAAUCUUGGACUAGUUUAAAGGAAAUUGCUCAGAGCAACGAGCAUGAGAAAAGUCAAAUUGCAAAUCUAACAAUCCCAUUUUUUUUGUAAGCAGCGAGUUUUCCUGUAUAUAUUAAAAUGAAUUGUAUUUGUUUUCACAUGAUGUCUGCAGGCUUUAUGGGUUCUUUGGUGAUUACUCAUUCAAGCCAGUUUGUUUUUACUGUGUUUGAUGCUCUGACAAAGGAGUCUUGUACUCCUGUACGAAUAUCAUUUUUUUUUGUAAUUUUAGUUUUUCUCUAUGACCAUUGACCAACAACAGCUUGGCCGUCUUUUUUUUUUUUUUUUUAUUCCUUUUCUGAUUCUCCCUACAAGGUGUAAUCACAAUUGAGCCCUUGAUUGGAUGAUAGUAAGGAAUUCAUAUUCUUAAGUUGAAUAGAAUAGUAAAAUCUCUCAAGUCUUGCACA